AUGAAGUUUGUUAAAAAUAAAUCCUAUAUACAGAGUGCUAUCUUUGUAGUAAAUUAUCUUAUUCAUUAUAUUGUUUCAUAUUACAGUUGUUGUACUCAUAACCAACACAAACCAAACACAAUGGCCAGAACCAAGCAAACAGCAAGAAAGUCCACUGGUGGUAAAGCACCAAGAAAGCAAUUAGCCUCCAAGGCUGCCAGAAAGUCCGCACCAUCAACUGGUGGUGUCAAGAAGCCUCACAGAUAUAAGCCAGGUACCGUUGCCUUGAGAGAAAUUAGAAGAUUCCAAAAAUCUACUGAACUUUUGAUCAGAAAGUUGCCAUUCCAAAGAUUGGUCAGAGAAAUUGCUCAAGAUUUCAAGACUGACUUGAGAUUCCAAUCUUCUGCUAUCGGUGCUUUGCAGGAAUCCGUCGAAGCCUACUUGGUCUCUUUGUUCGAAGACACUAACUUGGCUGCUAUUCAUGCUAAGAGAGUCACUAUUCAAAAGAAGGACAUCAAGUUGGCUAGAAGAUUGAGAGGUGAAAGAUCAUAA